AUGAGAGAGAGAGAGAUUCGCAGUGGACCGAGAGCGGAGAGAGAGAAGAGGAGAGAUAGCGAGGAGGAGGAGAGCAAGGAGAGGAUCGAGAGGAGAGGAGAGAGAAGAACAGAGAGGAGAGAACGAGGAGAGACCAGACGGAUGAGAGAGAGAGGACCCGAGUGUUGGGAGCGAGGAAGAGGAGAGCCUGAGGUAGAGAGCACGAGAGAUGGAGCUAGCAUACGGAAGCAGGAGCGAGGAGAGGGGAGAGAAGCAGGGAGGAGAGAGAGAGAGAGGGCGACGAGAGGCGGAGAGCUGAGAGAGAGGAGCGAGAGAGAGAGAGAGGAGAGAAGAGCAGUUAGAGAGGAGAACGAAGAGAGGGGAUGUGAGAGUAUCCGAGGAGGAUGA